UGCCUCCUCAGCAAGCAGAGCCGCCUGCUCAAUGGGGUCACUCGGGGCAGCCGCGCCACCUCCCCCAUGGGCCGCGUCAUCCUCAUCAACACCCCCAUUGAAGCCAGCAGCAAUGAGAGUGACAUCAUCAACGCCAUCACGGUGGAGAAGAGUGUGGACGGCAAGCUGGGCUUCAGCGUCCGUGGCGGCUCCGAGCACGGGCUGGGCAUCUUUGUCAGCAAAGUGGAGGAGGGCAGCGCCGCUGAGCAGGCUGGGCUGUGUGUUGGUGACAAGAUCACGGAAGUGAACAGUGUGAGCCUGGAGAACAUCACCAUGAGCAGUGCUGUCAAGGUCCUCACUGGCAACAACCGCCUCCGCAUGGUGGUCCGGCGGAUGGGCCGUGUGCCAGGCAUCAAGUUCUCCAAGGAGAAGACAGCGUGGGUGGAUGUGGUGAACAGGCGCCUGGUUGUGGAGAAAAGUGGCUCAACACCAUCGGAGAGUGGCUCCGACGACGGACUGCGGCGCAUCGUCCACCUCUACACCACCUCUGACGACUACUGCCUGGGCUUCAACAUCCGCGGUGGCAGGGAGUUCGGCCUCGGCAUCUACGUCUCCAAGGUGGACCCUGGGGGGCUGGCAGAGCAGAAUGGCAUUCGGGUGGGAGACCAAGUCCUUGCAGCCAAUGGAGUCAAGUUUGAAGACAUAAGCCAUAGCAAGGCAGUGGAGGUGCUCAAGGGGCAGACUCACAUCAUGCUCACCAUCAAGGAGACCGGCCGGUUCCCUGCCUACAAGGAGAUGGUGGCUGAAUACUGCUGGCUCAGUCGCUGUAAGGGCAGUGCCACACGG